AUGGCUGAUGCUGGUGAACGCCCCGACGGCGUCACCCUCGACAACGACGCUCCAAAGGCUUCUGGGAACCUCCUUGAGCAGUCGUAUCUCGCAUACGUUGUGCCUGCAAGGACAGAACUUGAUCUAGAAAGCGUAUUUAAAGAUGUCGAUCCCGGAAAGCCAAUUUUCGAAUCAAUAGAGCAGAGAGAAUUGCUUUUGUUUGAUGAGACCGUUGAAGUCCUCCUCAUUCUCAAGAUGCCAUGUUCGGAAGAAAAGGACCUCCACGCACAAAUCAAACGACUAGUCAUCUCUCUCGAGUGCCAGAUUGUUAAUAGCACCCCGGCAGACAGGAGCUCACAGCCAGUGUCUGAAACGAUCUUCAAAGGACGCGCCCAGGACAUCACAGAUGCCUUCAUGCUCGUGGACAAGCUGCGGAUGGAUUCCGGACACAGCUCCUCUCAGAAAGUCUACGCCAUGUGGAAACUACCCGUCUUCUUGAGCCGGCCUAGAAUACGGCUACAACACCCCACAGUCGUCUUCACCGCAUCCGCAAGCGUCAAGCCCGAUGCCAGAGGCGACGGCGCCGGCACCUGCGGCACAGGAUAUCUCCAGAGCGGCAUGCCGUCCAGUUUCAACCUUCUCGAAUCCUUCUCCUCCGACCCCGCCCUCAACGGCAUCAAGCCGCGCCUGUCCGCCCUCCGCGUAUCCAGAGUCGCUCCCGGCAGCAGACAGCAAGACCACGUCGUGCACCUCCGCGCUCAACCACGCCUCCGAAUUCCCAUCCACCCCGUCAUCCACACCCGGGUGCGCUUCUCCCGCCCCAACACGCCCCAGUCGACCUCCUCGCUCGUCGCCAUGCUAGAAGUUGACUUCACACCCCACGUAGAUUGCGAAGUCGUCCUCCAAGAGAUCAAGCUCGUCACCAACGACGGCACGGUGCAGAGCCUCAACGACGAAGAGCAAAUGCAGCUGCCCAUGAGCUGCGUGUCCCACGACCACAUCACGUUCCUCUACCACAUCAAACCACACCAGGUGGAUCAGGCGCGCAGAGGCUUCACGGGAUCACUCGGCGUUUCCAUCACCGCCACCGCCCAAGUCAUCCCCGGCGUGUGCACCCCCAAGCUGACCAUGAGCUGGAACGCCGCCCUCGACUUCACCGUCCCUGUGAACCCCAGCUUCAGCAACGUGCCCGAAUCGUCCGGCAUCCAACGAGCCCACAAGCCCUCGCAGCUCUCCAUCGGCAGCAGCGCAGCCAUCACGCCCCUGAAAUCCCCAUCCAUCACCCGCCCAGACGCCCUGCCCGGCCUCGACGCUUCUGCCCGGGCCGAGGCCGCAGUCCCCGAUCUGGGCAUCACCGUGUCCUUCACGGGCCCCUCGGAGCCCGUCCACCCCGGAGACGUCUUCCUAUGGACAGUCCACGUCGUGAAUCGGUCAUCGGAAAAGACAAGCCGUCCGCCGCGGAAACUCGCUCUCGUUGCGGUGCCCAGGCGCCGCCGCAACGACACGCGGCCUGCCCGCCCUCCCUCGACUGCGACCCGGCGGCAGGGCGAAAAGGAGAUAGCCGACGCCGUGGUGGACAUGAAUAUUCUGCACGCCCUGCAGAAGAACUCGGCAGUAGACGCAACCGACGUGAUUUGCCUCAGUGCCGAUACCCGCGUGGGACCCUUGGCCCCAGGGGCCUGCCACGUCGCCGAGCUGCAGUUCCUGGCCCUGCGCGAGGGCAUCGUGGGUGUCGAGGCGGUCAGGGUGGUGGACUUGGGGUCCCAGGAGCAUGUUGACAUACGCGACUUGCCGACCACGGUAGUAGAACCCGCCCCUGCGUGA